GUCAAAAGUAAUUUUGUCAGUCAGCUGCAAAAAAAAAAACUAAAAAAUUAGUCGUGUAUUUUGUGCGUUUCGUGGACUAUCGUGUGAAUAUUUUUGAAAAUAAUGAUCGUAAAAACCUAUAGUCGUGAAAGAAUCUCGUAAAUAUAGUGUUUUAUGUUCCCAGUGUUGCACAAAUAAAGAUUAUUAAGUGGAGCACGUCAGUGUGAGGCAAAAUGUUUUGAAAAUGAAGUGCUAUCUUUUUGUGGAACACACUUUAUUCAAAGACGCAUCAGUUUCUAAGAGAUAAAUCUAAAUCGUAUGGUAGACGAUGGAUGAUGAAGAAGCCGACUUGCGUGAGCAAAUAUUCCACAACAAUGUUCGGGAACAGAUUAUCUUCCUACUACUAUUUAUCUUACUGUAUCUCCUGUCGUUUAUGUUAAUUGAGAAGUUUCGCCGGCGCGAUGGCGAAGAUUACUUCACUUCAGACGAAGAUGAAGUCAAAGUAUAUCGGAUCAGCCUCUGGCUCUGCACAUUCGCCCUGGCGGUCUCUUUGGGUUCGGCACUCUUGCUGCCAGUGUCAAUAGUCAGUAACGAAGUGCUGAUUUUGUACCCAAACAGCUAUUAUGUGAAAUGGCUCAACAGUUCCUUGAUACAAGGGCUGUGGAACCACGUGUUCCUGUUCUCAAACUUGUCUAUGUUCGUGUUCCUGCCUUUCGCCUACUUGUUCUCGGAGUCGUCGGGCUUCCCCGGCUGCCGGGGUCUGCGAGGCCGCGUAUACGAGACCUUUGUGGUGCUCGCGUUGCUCGGGAUAGGCAUGCUCGGCUUGGCCUACGUCAUCUCCGCCUGGCUGGAAGGCGACCGAUCCAGUAUUGAUGCUUUGCUUAAUCUAUGGACAUACCUGCCUUUCCUGUAUUCAUGCGUGUCCUUUGUGGGAGUCCUCAUGUUGUUAGUAUUUACGCCGCUGGGUUUCGUGCGGCUUUUCGGCGUUGUGGGCGGCGUGCUGGUCAAGCCCCAGUUCCUCAGGGAUCUCAAUGAGGAGUACUACAUGUACUCCUUCGAGGAAGAGACCAUCAGGCGGCGGAUCAACAACGCUGUGUCUACCGGUGAGUUUUUAAACUGCACUAUGAAAGAAAGUUUACAGUUUUAAACGGUUGAAAGUUUU